AAGAGCGUGACCGCAUCGCUUCGAUCCGCUUGUAAUAAUCCCAGCUAUACUUAACUGAACCAGCUCCUCACUCUACUCACAUAGCGCUGCGGUCGUUUGCGGCUGGUCUUUGCUUUCUUCUUCCAUAUGGCUAACGAGUCAGGGAGCGGCGGCAAGGCUUUGUCGAUACCCUCAAUGUCAACCACCAGCCUCAGUGCCAGUCAAAGUGUUCACAGUCAUGCACUGACCUUGCCCUCGAUAGCCAGGACAGUGGUUACAUCCCCUCCAUGGGCUCGAGACGAACCACCCUCGCCGACGGACAACGCAGACGAGUUGGGCAAUUCACGGCACACGGCUGAUUCUCGUCCUUCCGACGUUGGCUCCCUGAAUUCUUCGUCUGUCGGUGCAACGGGUCCUGCCCACGAUUCACAUUGGUGGACAUUCGCUAGACCUCGCCAUUCCAACAUGGACGCGCCUCAUGUGUUUUCAGAAAACGACUUUGGCCGGAGACCUUCUAUGCCUGAGAAGAAAGUAGACCGGUCAUCGUGGCUUUUGCCUGGCAAUCGACGAUCGCAGGAUGUUGCGGGAAUUUUGCCAACAGAGAAAUUAAAACUUAAUACCACCUUACCACGCCCCCUGGGGGUUGAGGAAUCAAGUCGCAACCCAACGAUACCACCACCUUCGGUGCCGUUCACGAUGUCACACAGCAUGACCCCUGGUUGGGACACCCCUUGGCAGCCUGUUACUGGCCGAGGAAAUUACUCUCAUAUAUAUAACAACGAAGAAGAGAAGCAUAGCGAUAACUCCAGUGGCAGAUCUGGUUACGGCGGAUCUGGCAAAAAGAGGCUGAGAGCAUUCAUUUUGACUAAUAUCUAUGUUCCCUUGUUAUUUCGAUUCAUCAACGUCACGUUCACUACUGCGGCUUUGGCUAUCGCGAUCCGAAUACGCAUAUGGGAACUACGCUCAGAUGUGAUGGGAAUAGUUGGGAGUUCUCCGACGCUUGUGAUUAUUUUCGCACCCCUUACUCUCGUUCAUGUCAUGGUCGCCAUAUAUCUCGAGUAUUUUGGUCGACCUGUUGGGCUCUGGCGCACUUCUGGCAAACUCGCCCACACUCUUCUGGAAGUUUUUUUCAUCUGCGCUUGGUCUGCAGCCCUUUCACUAUGUUUCGACAACUUCUUCACUUCCCUCAUUCCCUGUGCAUCAUUCUCGAGCACUUCAUGGUAUAACGAACUUCCACGGCCUCAGCUUCCCAAUGUCACUUUGACAGAUCUGGGACGUGGUGAAGGGGGUGUCGGUGAUACCAUCUGCGACAAUCAACUGGCUUUGAUCUGCUUGGUGGGUGUUGGACUCAUCAUGUACUGCAUCAACCUUGUCAUCAGCCUAUUUCGAAUUUUUGAGAAGGUAAAAUACCAUGGCGCGCGGCUUGGUGCAUAGCUGCGCGGAUCCUAGAUUUUCAUCCUGGUGUCAUUGCUUCUAUCUAACAUAAACCUAUUUCUCAUUUCCUUUAUUUUUUGUUUCGUUUUAUUUACUCCUUCAGUUUUGUCACAAUCAUGGUCCGCCUCUCAUUCCACCUUCAUAACAUCAUACCUGUACAUUCAUCACAUCUCAGCGGACAUUGUAUACCACGUAGAUUUAUCACCCGCGUCAUCUUCCUGAGAUCGGUCAAAAAUAAUAUAAACCCUCUAGCCACAUAACGAUAACAGCAAUAAU